GCCAAGUUAGAAACAUGGAGUACACGCUGCAGGAGAAAGCCAAGGCCUUCUGGGCCAUAUGACACUCCUACGAGGCCAUCGCCAAGCACAAUCAGGUGGAGGCGGCGGGGCUGGAAGGCUGCAUCCGGCAGGAGUUCGAAAAGCUCCGUGAGUUCCUGAGGGUGGAGGAGCAGGCUGUUCUGGACGCUGUGGCACAGGAGACCAGGCAGAAGAAGCUCCUGGCCGAUGAGAAGAUGAAGCAACUCAUAGAAGAGACAGAGGUGCUGGCCCACGAGAUCAAGCGGCUGCACAUGGAACUGAAGGAAGAUGACGUCUCUUUUCUUAUGAAACACAAGCACCGAAAGUGCCAGCUUUUCUGCACCAUGGAGCCGGAGCCUAUCCAGCCCGGCAUGCUCAUCAACCCCUGCCGGUACCUGGAUUCCCUGCAGUACCGUGUGUGGAAGAAGAUGAUCAAUUCCAUCAAAUCUGUGCCCUUCAGCUUCGAUCCCAACACUGCAGCAGGCUGGCUCUCGGUGUCUGAUAACCUCACCAGUGUCACCAACCAUGGCUACCGUCUGCAGGUGGAAAACCCAGAGCGCUUCUCCUCAUCACCCUGCCUGCUGGGAUCCUGCACCUUCUCUCAAGGCUCCCAUACUUGGGAGGUGGCCCUGGGUGACCUGCAGAGCUGGCGGGUGGGUGUGGUGUGGGUACAGCCAGAUACAGGUGCAGAAGGCCACUCACACAGCUGCUACCAUGACACACGCUCUGGCUUCUGGUACGUGUGCCACACACAGGGUGUGGAGGGGGACCACUGUGUGACCUCGGACCCGGCCACCUCGCCCCUGGUCCUGACCAUCCCUUGCUGCCUACGCGUGGAGCUGGAGUGUGAAGAGGGUGAGCUGUCCUUCUAUGAUGCUGAACAUAACUACCACCUAUACACCUUCCAUGCACGCUUUGGGGAGGUGCGGCCCUACUUUUACCUUGGGGGUUUGCGGGGUGAUGGGCCUCCUGAGCCCUUGAGCAUCUGCCCCUUGCGCAUCACUAUAAAGGAAGAGCUGGAUGUCUGA